CAGGGGUCGGGCAGGUGGGAGGGGGCAAGCUCACAUCUCCGCCCUCUGCUGCCACUGGGGAUAAGGAGCAUCCUAACCCCCAACUGUCCGGUUAGAUCCGCCUGCUGCCCCUCAGCAGACUGCUACUCCUGGGAACACAGCACCUGCUGUUUACACCUCUUCCUGCUGCUGGGGAAUGGCGUUGCCAACAAAGUCUAGCAUCUUGGACCUGAGCUCCAGCACACAGUGCCCCAGAUCCCCAGAGGAAAGCCACGAGGCUUGGGCACAAUGCAAAGAUGCUGGCAGGCAGCUACCUGAGUACAAGGCAGUGGUGGUGGGUGCAAGUGGUGUUGGUAAAAGUGCUCUCACGAUCCAGAUGACCCACCACUGCUUCGUGAAAGACCAUGACCCCACUAUCCAGGAUUCCUACUGGAAAGAAGUGGCCCUGGACAACGGAGGCUACAUUCUAAAUGUGCUGGAUACAGCUGGGCAGGAUAUUCACCGGGCUCUCCGUGACCAGUGCUUGGCAGCGGGUGAUGGUGUGCUGGGCGUCUUUGCUCUUGAUGACCCCUCGUCUCUGGACCAGCUGCAGCAGAUAUGGUCCACUUGGAACCCUCACCACAAGCAGCCUCUGGUACUGGUGGGCAACAAGUGUGACCUGGUGACCACUGCUGGAGAUGCUCACGCUGCCGCAGCAGUCCUUGCUCACAAGUUGGGAGCCCCCUUAGUGAAGACCUCAGCCAAGACACGGCAAGGUGUCGAGGAAGCCUUUGCUUUGCUUGUCCAUGAGAUUCAGAGAGCACAGGAGGCCGUGGCUGAGUCAAGCAAGAAGACCCGACACCACAAAACUGUGUGUAGCUGUGGCUGCUCUGUAGCCUGAAGACCUUAGUCAAGCAAAUUGACCCUUAUCUCAUGUCAAGGUGACAGUUCCCUUGUCAUAAGAUUCCCCUCCCCGAUCAAAUAAGUUACCACGGACACCUUUUUAUUGUUUGGUGAGGAGUUAGGUGGUAACGUGGAGUGCCCCUCAUUGGCUGUGUUCUGUGAAACUCUAUGCAAAAUUAAAUAAAUGUUCUCAGGAUUCAAAGCUUCCUCUGUAC